CGCGCGGCGGCUGUCCCGCCUGCCACAAUGCGCGGCGAGGCUGCGGUCGCGACUUGGCGAGGCCGUCCCUAACGUCGCCACUCGGCAUCCUUAGGACAGGCCUCCCCUGACGCCCCGCGGGGGCCUCACUCGCCCGCGCCCCCCAGGCGCUCACUCUUCGGUGCCCAGCCAGGCGGGCGCCUCGCAGACGCGGAGCCGCGCGGGUGACGGCAGAGGCGGCUGCGCGCCCAGCCCAGCCCGCGGAGAGGGCGCGCCGCGCCCCCGCCCCCCGCCAGCUCUCCGGAGGCCGUGGGUGCGGAUGCGCCGCUGACGACUCGCAGCGACCAGCAGUGCCGCCCGCCCGCCGGCCGGAGCCCGCAGCAUGGCAGCCGCCGCCUAUGUGGACCACUUCGCCGCCGAGUGCCUCGUGUCCAUGUCGAGCCGCGCGGUCGUGCACGGGCCGCGGGAGGGGCCUCAGCCUGGACCCGAGGGUGCGGCCGCUGUCGCCGCCACGCUGCCCCGCGUCGAAGAGCGCCGCGACGGCAAGGACAGCGCCUCGCUCUUCGUAGUGGCGCGGAUCCUGGCGGACCUUAACCAACAAGCGCCGGCGCCCGCCCCCGCGGAGCGCAGAGAGGGCGCCGCGGCCCGGAAGGCGAGGACCCCCUGCCGCCUGCCGCCCGCGCCACCACCCGCCCCCGAGCCCGCCUCCCCCGGCGCCGGUGGCGCGGCGGCCGCGCCCCUCAGCCCGGCGUGGAGCGAGCCCGAGCCCGAGCCCGAGGCGGGGCUGGAGCCGGAGCGAGAGCCGGGGCCCGCGGGGAGCGGCGAGCCCGGCCUCAGACAAAGGGGCCGGCGGGGUCGAAGUCGCGCCGACCUCGAGUCCCCGCAGAGAAAGCACAAGUGCCACUACGCGGGCUGCGAGAAAGUUUACGGGAAAUCCUCGCACCUCAAGGCGCACCUGAGAACUCACACAGGGGAGCGCCCCUUCGCCUGCAGCUGGCAGGACUGCAACAAGAAGUUCGCGCGCUCUGACGAGCUGGCGCGGCACUACCGCACGCACACAGGCGAGAAGAAGUUCAGCUGCCCCAUCUGCGACAAGCGCUUCAUGCGCAGCGACCACCUGACCAAGCACGCGCGCCGCCACGCCAACUUCCACCCAGGGAUGCUGCAGCGGCGCGGCGGGGGCUCGCGGACCGGCUCGCUCAGCGACUACAGCCGCUCGGACGCCAGCAGCCCCACCAUCAGCCCGGCCAGCUCGCCCUGAGCACCUGCGGCGGGGCGGGGCGGGGGCGGGGCCUGCGGCAAGCCACGCCCCAUCCUUACCACACCCACCCUAGGCCCCACCCAGCCCCGCGGCCCCUCCUCCUUACCACAGCCAUGAGCAGAUGCUCUCACUUCCUCCCGUGAUUCCGUGUCGUUUCCUUUUGUAAUCAGAAGAGAGAACUUUAUGAAGUCAAUGACAACAAAAAAACGAUUUUCUUCA